AUGAUCGCCCUCUUGUCCUUCCUCCUCACUCUCGGCUCGAUCGCGCCUGGGGCUCAUGCGGGAGCGGACCCACUUAACCCGUUCGGCCUCUCCGGCCUGAGGUAUGUGGCGAACACAACCUUAGGCCCACCUUUGGAGUUGUGGCAUGAGUUCUAUGACCAUUGGCCAACCGGAAUUGCGAUUAGCAAGGAAGGGCGGUUGUUUGCCAACUUCCCCGUGGAGAAUCUGAUUAAUUUCACUGUUGGGGAGAUCACUGGCGGGGCGACCGAAAAGGCGUUCCCCAACCUGACAUACAACCAACCGCCUUCACUAGUUAACACCACCAAUCCACAACUCGCCGCAGGGUACCUUCAGUACUUGAUUUCGGUGCAAUCCGUCGUCGUGGAUCCCAAAAAUCGGCUUUGGUUGCUUGACACAGGUCGUCCGAUCGUGGGCAGUAUUCAGCCCUAUGCCAGUGGGGCCGGGCAGAAGCUCGUAGGGGUGGACCUGACGACGAAUACGACGUUCAAGGUUAUUACUUUCCCGCCGACGGUAGCAUAUCCCGAUACUCUUCUCAACGACGUGCGGUUCGACCUACGGCCUAACAUUACCGCUUCCGGUGAAGGUAUCGCGUACAUCACCGAUUCCUCUGAUGAAGGUCGCAAUGGCAUCAUUGUCGUCGACCUCGGCACGGGUGACACCAUGGGAGAUCCCUCGUUCGUGGGUGUAUACGACGGCGUACCGUUCACGGUUAUCCGCCCGAUCGACAGCCCGAUCAACCCUGGUGCAUACGCCCGAUUUACCACAGGGGCUGACGGUAUUGCACUUUCUGCCGAUGGAGAAUACCUCUAUUACACACCACUCAGUAGCAGAAGGUUUUAUCGCGUACCCACUGCGCUUCUGAGGGUGCCACCCAACGGACAGAACCCCAGCGCAGCAUUCGACGCCAUCGCAGGUGUGGAAUUCCUCGGCCAGCACGGUUCCCAUUCGGACGGUCUCGAAACAAGCAGCGACGGCACUAUUUGGGUUACUGCAAACGAGCAGGACACUAUCUUCUCCUUCGAUCCAGUGACAAAGAUUCUGAGCCCGUUUGUCCGGGACCCACGGAUCCAGUGGUGCGAUACUCUCAGCGUUGGCUGGGAUGGGUACUUGUACUUUACCAGCAACCAGUUUACGAGACAGCCCCAGUUGAAUAACGGCACAGAUCUUAGGAGGCCGCCUUUUGCCGUCUUCAGAGUUCCUCUUCCAAAUAAUGCAACAAAGGUCACGACCUUAGUGUGA